AUGGAACUGAAAUCAUGGUUCUAUUAUCUGAUCACUCAUUCUGUCUUCAACUUCCGUCUACUGAUCGAUGGCCUUAACGAGGUUCCAAAUAAUCGCGACAACUUGCUCGACACCAUUGGACUCAUUGCUGAGAGCUUUAACAAGGUCAAAAUCUGCUGUUCGAGUCGGAGAGAAAGACUCUUUGAGCAGAUACUCCAACAUAACCCAUCCCUGCGGUUGGAAGACCUUAAUUAUGAGGAUAUCCAAAAGCAUUGCUAUCGGCGACUCCAUACAACCAGAGCUAGACGAUACGCUUAUUUAGUGACCGAAGAACUCAGGAAUGCUGUCAAUAAUGGAGAUGACGAAGUCGUUCUCAAGCGACGCCUAGGCGAGUGUCCAGGCGAAAUGCACAAGCUAUUCACGUCCUUGGUCGAGCGGCAAGACAAGUUCUAUGCAAAGGAUCCGAAACCAUAUCUCCGUCUAAUCGAGGUUGCAACCAAGAGAGGGGAUAACAAUAAUCACGGUGCCGGCGCGUUUCUCACCUUUUUUGAAUUGCUUGUGGCGUCAUCAGCACAGGAAGAAUUUAUUUCACGCGUUCCGAAAAGCCUGGAUGCUUCCCUUUUGGCAUCUCUGGACUCGCAAGCGCCCGAUCUGAAAGCGAAUGUUGUGGUGAGAUGUGCAAAUCUGGCUGAAUUGGUUCCAAACCGGUCAGAUCUCCAAUCUUAUCCAAAAGAAUUCGCUUAUAAGGAAUUGGUUAAUGCGGACAGCUUGGAAGUACGGUUCAUACAUCGAAGGGUACAAGACUUUUUGACGGACAGCGAAGAAGGGGCUGCUUUGCUUCGGUCCUACAACAUGACCGAACAGAACGCGGUCAUACGACUAACGAUUGCCUCGGUUACCAGAUUCCUGGCCACCCCUUACAUGUCAAGAGUGGGAAAAUCUUUGAAAUGGGAGAGCUUGAUAGAGGCGGGAUUCUGGGCGAAGAACGGGACGGGUGCUCUGGACAUUAUUUUCCCGACACUGCAAGCCCGUAAGCCAUUGCGGAUGCCUCCAUUCACGGCCGAAGACACAUCGAUCAAUGGCAAGACCCCACCCUUUAACGUAUUGUGUCCCCAACUUUCACCGCUUGAGAAUGUCGCCUUUGGCUUUGCUACCGGUUUCGCCAUGGUGGCUUACACUGAGGCCAAGCUCCGUGCUCUUGAUUUACAAAAAUGGCGGUUGGUGGUAGGGUUCUCCUCCUGUCUAUGCGUGAGAGCGUAUGGGCUCGGACGUGAGAGUAGUGGCUUCCUAACCAUGUUCGAACCAUACCUGUCAUUGACGUCGUUGACGCAAAACCUCACCCUCAGUUACAUUUUGGAGCCCUUUACCGAUGUAGACUUCUGGGUUUUCCGCCACUUGUCCUGUGUGGCAACACCUCGCCCUGGGUUUCACCAAUCGAGAUUUUGA